AAAUGAAUGUGAUUAAGUAAAUAAAGUCAAUAGACAUAUAAUUAAGUUAGGAGAGAUGAAUGUGUUGUGAUAAAAUGUCAUGUGCUUGUGCAAUUAUUUACACAGUUUAAACACUUUUCUUUCUCUUAUCGAGCGAUAAGUUGUUAAUUCUGAAAGCAAUUGAAUCAGUUUACAUCUACUUGCGGAAUUGAUAAGAAGUAUAAAGGUAUUUCCACUUACCAACAAUGAUUGAUUUGAGUAAAGGUGAAUGUGAAGAAAUCGUAAGGAAAGCCACAAACCACAAGAAUGUGAAAAUCAUAAAUUUUCAUAUUGAAAGCUUUGGCAGCUACGUAGGAUUCCUUGGAGAAUAUUUCCGAUUGAAAAUCGAUACUAAUGUCGAUGAGUCACAUCAAGAAAUAAAUUUCUUCGUGAAAAGUUUGCCAUUGAAGAAUGUAAAGCUGAGAAAAUUGCUUAUUGAUACGAGAAUUUUCAAAAAGGAAGUUUUUCUUUAUGAAAAUUUAUUAUCAACUUUAAGUCAAUUUUCUGAUGUUUCGUGGUGUCCUAACGCAUUUUUAUUUCGUGAUGAUCUUCUUGUGCUCAAUGACAUGACCUUAGAGGGCUAUAAAAUGCUUCCAUUUGAUUUUAAGUUCACCCAAGCACAUGUGGAAAGCACAUUAAAGUGCCUUGCAAGUUUUCAUUGCUGUAGCAUCGUUUAUGAACAUACGGAAGGCAAAUCGAUUACGAAGCAGUUUGAAAGUAUGUUGUUCGAAACAUCUGUUGCUGAUAUUUCUUGGUAUCAUGCUGGAUUAAAAACAAUUUACGACAUCGCGUUGCUUGAAACAAGCUAUGGAAAUACCCAUAGGGAUAUGAUUUUAAACGAUUUUUAUGAGAAGAUUUUCGGUUCCAUCAGUAACAUGGAAAGCGCGCCUUAUGAUAUUUUGAAAGUCGCUUCACAUCGCGAUAUAUGGAAAAACAAUUUAAUGUUCAAUUUCGAUGAUAACGACUUGCAAAAGCCUAAACAUUGUGUCUUAGUGGAUUUUCAAACAACUCGUUAUUUGCCAAUUUCGAUUGAUGUUUUGAUGGCGAUUAUUUGUACAACUCGAAGAAGACAUCACGACGAAUAUUUCAAGUAUUACAUUGAAUUCUAUUUUAGACAGCUUGAAGCAAAUCUAGAAAAGUUUGAUAUUAAUUUAAGUGAUAAAAUGUCGUUUGAAAGCUUUAGGAAAACUUGUCAUCAUCAUAAAUUUUUUGCACUCGUUUACAAUACAGUUAUUCUCAUGAUAACAAUGAUUCCUCGCGAAUAUUUCAUAGAUUUAAAUGAUGAUGAAAACCGCGACUUUUUCGAAGGAAAUAGAAGUAAAUUUGUUUUGAAUUUUAUGAAGAAAGACGAGUAUUAUAAAGAAAACUUAAUUGAAGCUGUUGAGAGUGUUGUAGAGUUUAUCUUGAGUCAUCCCGACGAAAUGUAA